UUCAGUUGAAAAGAAUUGCCUGACAAAAGAGAGCACACUCAGGAAGGUGAGCGCAGAUGCAGAUGCUCGGUGCUUCAUGGUGACUGGAUCUCUCAAAGGACAAGGAUGCUUCGCUGCCUCUUGUUUGCUUUGCUCGUUGGCAUCUGUGCAAGUGCCGGAGAAGAGAAAAAAAAGACGGUGAAAUCUGCUUCAUCCUUGUCAAGAGGAUGGGGACAAAAUAUUAAAUGGGUGAAAUCUUAUGAAGAAGGCCUGUCAAAAAUGGUGAAGAGUCAGAAACCUCUGAUGGUCAUUCAUCAUAAGCAAGACUGCCCGCACUCCCAAGCACUGAAGCAGGGAUUUGCUCUGGACAAGACCAUCCAGAAAAUGGCCAGAGAGAGUUUCAUCAUGCUCAACGUGGUGGAAGAAGUUGGGGACCCCAAUCUGGCACUUGAUGGCUACUAUGUUCCCAGAAUUGUCUUUGUUGAUCCAACUAAGGCGGUGCGCACCGACAUUAUAGGAGUCCGUGAUCUCCGCUUCAACUAUGCACCUGACGACCUGGGAGUGUGUGAGUGACUCUCUCUAACGACCAGACAAACUGAAGUCCGUCGUUUUCACUUCCAGACUGUAUUCCGUCCCUCAGUCAUCUGAUAGAAAUGACAAACUCUUUUUUGGGAGCUUCAUGAGGAUGUUGGCACAGGAGUUUUGCAGGUUUUAGGUUUAG